AUGAUACUAAGAUUAAGCAAAAGGUUGAUCAGACUGUUCUUCUUCAUUAUAGGUUUCUCCGUCAUACUACUCUUUUCUCUACAUGAUGACAGCCAAAAGGUUUUGAAAAGCUAUCUGCCAAACUCUCUGGACAUAUCACAAUACGUAUUGCCAGUUUCUUCCAAUACUCAGAAAAAUAAACUUCAAGAACAAACAUCCCACACCAACUCUUCAAGUUCAAACCAUAACACAAACGCAAACUCUUUGCAAUACCUAAAACAUUUGGAAGAGUUACGUGCAAGCGAUCCAUUGUUCUACGAUGAACAAGAUAUGGAAUCCUUCUCAGAUGAAGAUUGGAUGAAAGAACAAGAAAGAUUGCAAAAAGAUGAGGAAAAUUUCGAACUCGCAAUGGAGAAUGCUUUGAAGAUUAAGGCAAAUGCAACUCAAAACUUGGGUAAAAACUCAACUCUGCGUUUCAUGGAACCUGUCUUCGUCAAUAGAGGUAGAAAACCAAAGGCUUGUUUCCUAUUCACUAUCAAUAAGCAUUCCAAAUUUCAAACAUUAGAAGAUAUCAUAACCUCCGUUGAACAAUUAGAAUCAAGAUUUAAUAAACAGUUCAAUUAUCCCUAUGUUUUCAUCAAUGAAACUCCAUUCACUUCUGAAGAAAAAUUGGCAAUUCAAAAUAUUGUCUCCUCAGAUGUCAACUUUGGUUUGAUACCUGAAUCCGCUCUGAACUACCCAGGUUGGAUCGACCAAAAUAAAGCUGCAACUGCAAGAUCAAGAUUAUACCAAUUAGAUAUGGGUUCCUCGGAAUCAUACAGAUUCAUCCAACGUUACUUAUCAGGUUUGAUUUGGAGACAUGAACUCCUAGAACCUUUCGACUGGUAUUGGAGAAUCGAACCAAACAUGAAAAUUAAUUGUGACAUGCAAUACGAUAUCUUUAGAUGGAUGCAAGAUACAGGUAAUAUAUUUGGUUUCACUUUAUCGAAAAAGGAACCAAUCGAAGCAAUGCCAACUAUUUGGGAUACUUUGAAGAGUUUCCAAAAACAAAACCCAGACUUCAUCGCUGACAAAAACUUUAGAUCAUGGGCUGAUAGAGAUAACGGGAAUAAGUAUAACACUUGUGAAUUCUUAUCUUCCUUCGAAGUAGCCUCUUUGGAAUUCUGGAGAUCUCCAGCUUUCAAGGCAUUAUUCGAUUAUCUAGAUCAUAAAGGCGGUUUCUUCUACGAAAGAUGGUCAGAAUCAGCAGUUCAUACUCUAGCAACUAUUUAUCUAUUGCCAAAGGAUAGAAUCCAUUUCUUCCCAGAAAUAGGUUACAGCUACGAUGGUAUGUACAAUUGUCCAUUAGAUGAUUUCAUUUGGAAAGAUAACAACUGUGUAUGUGACCAAGGUAAUGAUUUCACCUUUGCAAAGAACUCUUGUACCGGUAGAUAUUACGAGGGUAAAAGUAUUAAAAAACCAGAAGGUUGGCAUCAACGUGCAUAA